AUGGCCACUGGCAGCCAGAGCCCCUCAUCCCAGGAGUUGGUGACCUUCAAGGAUGUGAUGGUGGACUUCACUAAGGAGGAGUGGGGGCUCUUGGAUCCUUCUCAGAAGGAGCUGUACAAGGAGGUCACACUGGAGAAUGUCCAGAAUCUACUAUCCCUGGAUGUGGAGCCCAACAUUGAAAGGAAUCAGAUGACUAGAAAUCUGGGACGUUUUGUGGAAGAAUUUGACCUACAAGGAUUCAUGAAGGAUGGUCCCUGUGCCUUCACUAUGAGGGAAAUCCAUGUGUCUAACAUUGAAGUAGAUAACUCAGAAUCUGACUGUGAAUUGGAUGAAAGUAGAAAGAGAUUCAGUUCCACUCUUAGUAAGCAUCAGAGAAUCCACACUGGAGAGAAAUCUUAUAAAUGUAAUCACUGUGGAAAGGCUUUCAUAAGGAGAAACUAUCUUGCUUUACAUCAGAGAAUCCACACUGAAGGGAAAUCUUAUAAAUGUAAUCACUGUGGAAAGGCUUUCAUAAGGAGAAACUAUCUUGCUUUACAUCAGAGAAUCCACAUUGGAGAGAAAUCUUACAAAUGUAAUCAGUGUGGAAAGGCUUUCAUAAGGAGAAACUAUCUUGCUUUACAUCAGAGAAUCCACACUGGAGGGAAAUCUUAUAAAUGUAAUCAAUGUGGAAAAAGUUUCAUCCAGGCUGUAGAUCUUGCUGAACAUCAGAGAAUCCACACUGGAGAAAAACCUUAUAAAUGUAAUCUAUGUGGAAAGACUUUCACACAGAGAUCCAGUCUUACUACACAUCAUAGAAUCCACACUGGAGAAAAACCUUAUAAAUGUAAUCAAUGUGGAAAGGCUUUCACGCAGAAUAACAAUCUUGCUUUUCAUCAGAGAAUCCACACUAGAGAAAAGACUUAUAAAUGUAAUCAAUGUGAAAAGAUUUUCACAAGGAGAGACAGUCUUGCUUUACAUCAGAAAAUCCACACUGGAGAAAAGCCUUAUAAAUGUAAUCAAUGUGGAAAAGCUUUCAUAAAGAGAGAAUAUCUUGCUUUACAUCAGAGAAUCCAUACUGGAGAAAAGCCUUAUAAAUGUAAUCAAUGUGGAAAGGCUUUCAGAUAUAAUUAUAAGCUUGUAGAACAUCAGAGACUCCACACAGGAGAAAAGCCUUAUAAAUGUAAUCAAUGUGGAAAGGCUUUCGUAGCGAGAGACAGUUUUGCUUUACAUCAGAGAAUCCACACUGGAGAGAAACCUUAUAAAUGUCAUGUAUGUGAAAAGACUUUUACCCAGGGUUCAGGUCUUGCUUUACAUCAGAGAAUCCACUCUGGAGAGAAACCUUAUAAAUGUAAUCAAUGUGGAAAAGCUUUCAAAUGGAAUGCCAGUCUUGCUGAACAUCAGAGAAUCCACACUGGAGAGAAACCUUAUAAAUGUAAUCAAUGUGGAAAGACUUUCACACAGAGAUCCAGUCUUACUGAACAUUAUAGAAUCCACACUGGAGAAAAACCUUAUAAAUGUAAUCAAUGUGGAAAGGCUUUCACACAGAAUAACAAUCUUGCUUUUCAUCAGAGAAUCCACACUGGAGAGAAACCUUAUGAAUGUAAUCAAUGUGGAAAGGCUUUCAUAGCGAGAGCCACUCUUGUUUUACAUCAGAGAAGCCACACUGGAGAGAAACCUUAUAAAUGCAAUCAAUGUGGAAAGGCUUUUACACGAAAGACAAAUCUUACAAGACAUAAGAAAAUCCACACUGGAGAGAAACUUUUUAAAUGUAAUCAGUGUGGAAAGUUUUUCACACGGAGUGCCAGUCUUGCUUUACAUCAGAAAAUCCACACAGGAGAAAAGCCGUAUGAAUGUAAUCAAUGUGGAAAGGCUUUCAUAAGGAGAGACUAUCUUCCUUUACAUCAGAGAAUCCACUCUGGAGAGAAACCUUAUGAAUGUAAUCAAUGUGGGAAAACUUUUACACGAAAGACGAAUCUUACGACACAUCAGAGAAUCCACACAGGAGAGAAAACCUCAAAAAUUUAAUUAAUAUCAAAAGGCUUUCGUAAAUAGUCAUUCUUUCUUGACAUCAGAGAAUCUGCACAGCAGAAAAGCUUUAUAAAUGUAAUCAAUGUGAAAAGUGUUUCACAUGCAAGGGAGAUCUUAGGGGACAUCAGAAAAUCCACAUGGCAGAGAUACCUUGUGAAUGUAAUCAAUAUGGAAAGGUUUUUACAUG